UUUUAAAAUUGUUUGCGUAACAAGAAAGUCGCAUUUUAGUAAAUUUGAGUUUGGGUGAAGACAUGCUAUUCAGACUUCAACUACUUGUCUGUUUGAUGACCAUCACCUAUGUGCUGUCCCUAAAUAUUGAAUGCAAUUGUGGAGAUCAAAACUAUCAUGCUGUUGGAAGUAAAUACUAUUGCGCUGUCAUUAGUGACUUCAUCAUUGACUCCCAAAAUCAAGUCCAAAUUGAAACAUUGAAAAAUUCUCACAUUAGUGGCAAAAGUGACGACGAUGACAUUUACUUCCAUAUCAGCACCAAGUCAAUCCAAUAUUUUCCACGUGGUUUGGAAAAGUUCUACAAGAACCUUAAAGGAAUUGUCAUUUGGCAUACGCAACUUAAGGAGAUUCAUCAAGAAGACUUGAAAAAGUAUCCAAAACUGAACUUCUUAAAUUUGUCUGGAAAUAAAAUUGAAAUUAUUCAGGAUGACUUGUUUGACUUCAAUCCGGACCUUAUUGUUUUUGAGAAUAUGAAGCUUAUUCACAUCGGAGCAACUACUUUUGAUAGUUUGACAAAAUUAUCAACUUUUUAUUUGGGUGGCAAUCCAUGCACAAAUGAAUCUUCUUUAAAAGAUCGAACAGCAACUCUUAAAGUCAUAAGUUCAUUAAAAAGUUCAUGCAUAAGCUCUGAAUUUACAAGUUUGAAGAGAAAAAUUGAAAAUCUCGAACAAAUUUCAAAGAAUUUGAACUUUGCCAAUUCGCCAAUAUUCAGUCAAAAUCUGAUAAAUUUUCAAGAGGAAUUUACAGCUUCAAAAUUUAUAAAUUUCUCAAUUUUAAAGCAGAAACUUCAAAGAUUGAUGGAUUUAAAGAUUAAAUCUCCAUAUGAGAAUUUAGGUGGGGUUCUUAGUGGAUUUAUGUCAUCAGCUAAUUCAUAUUCAAUCAUUGAAGAGAAACUGACACAUUUGAAGCUUAAGAUAGAUCAGGACCUCGAGGAUAAUCAACAAAACAUGAUGAAUACAAUGGAUUUAAAAAUUCAGCAUCUUGAAAAUCGAUUGACAACAAAAAUGGAGGAAAUUUUGGAUGAAAAAUUAGAAAAAGUUAUGAUAAGUAUUGGAAAAAUUGUAACAAUGCUUUAAAUAGAUUCCGGCAUUGCUUUGACAGCAUCCUAAGUUAAUGUAUGCUAAUAAUGCUUUAGAAUUGAAUAAAUUUUUAUGCCACUUUUUUAAUCAAUUUUUUUACACGU